AUGGAGCAAUCUAAGUCGAUUUCGAUGUGCACCCCGAAUUCGGUGCAAGUCACCCACGUGUUCGACAUCUUCGGUUACAGCAAUCACAGGGGCAUGGGCAACGAGAAGUUCAUCAGGUCCGGUACUUUCUCCGUCGGCGGCCACGACUGGUCCAUCCGCUUCUACCCGGACGGCACCGGAAUGUCGGCUUCGGUGCACAAGACAGAGCUGAGGACUUUUGAUCCAGCUGACCUCAGUAGGUUUGCUCCACAGACUAGUAAUUUCAAAAAGAGAGGGGAUGUUGAGUCUGCGUUCCUCGCGAACGAUCGCCUCACAAUCGAAUGCAUCGUCACUGUUAUCAAAGACCCACACGUGACCGAAUCCAAACCGUUCCCCAAAAUCGAGGUGCCAGUGCCACCCUCCGAUAUCGCCGAGCAUAUCGGCAAGCUUCUGGAAGACGACGAGGGAUUCGAUGUCACUUUCUGUGUUCGAAGAAAGACCAUCGGAGCUCACAGGUCCAUACUCGCCGCGCGAUCACCUGUCUUCAAAGCGGAGCUCUUUGGGCCGAUGAAGGAGGCGAGGACACCGCGGCGCGUUACCAUCAAAGACAUGCAACCUGGUGUUUUCAGUGCCCUCCUCCAUUUCAUAUAUACCGAUUCUUUGCCCGAUGGUGAUAAAAAUACUGAUAUGAUCCAGCAUUUACUGGUGGCUGCAGACAGAUAUGCCAUGGAGAGGCUCAAGCUGGCUUGCCAAAGUAUCCUUUGCGAGAAUCUGAACAUGGACACCGUGGCAACCACAUGGGCUUUGGCUGACCAGCAUAGCUGCGACAAGCUUAAGGAUGCUUGCCUUGAGUACAUCGCUUGUUCGAAUGCCAUGGAUGCUGUGGUGGAAACCCAAGGCUAUAAGAAUCUCAAAGUGGCUGACCCGUCUCUCAUAGUGGAUCUGUUGGAGAGGACAACAAAGGCUUGCUCAUCAUCAUAUAUAGGUUGA